AUGGAUACCCCGGGCCCAAGGUCUGACUCGAAGACCAACAUCGAUGUUCCUACCAUCAGCCAUGAUGACCAUCAUGAACAUGCAAAUUUCAAGACUGCUAAAAAUGCAGAUGGCGACACUGCGAUGGCAUUGUUUGAUGAUCCGGACGAGCUUCAUGAAGAAGUCGAUCCGGCCGAGGCAAGGAAGCUAUUGUGGAAGAUCGACUUCAUGAUUCUUCCUUAUCUCGCCGUUUGUUAUGCUUUCUUUUAUAUUGACAAGACAACUCUAAGCUAUGCAGCUAUCUUUGGUAUCCGCGAAGACCUCGACCUGCACGGAACUCGGUAUAGUUGGCUGAGCAGCAUUUUCUACUUCGGAUUCUUAAUCUGGGCAUUCCCAACCAACUUCUUGAUGCAACGACUUCCGAUUGGGAAAUACUUGGGGGUUAAUAUCUUCAUGUGGGGUGUUUUCCUUAUGAUCCAAGCAGCCUGCAACAGCUUCGAGACCCUCGCGGUGCUUCGAGCCCUGGGCGGCGCGGCCGAAGCCUGCGCCGACCCUGCUUUCAUGCUCAUUACGACGAAUGGACUGGGUAUAGCUCUAGGUGGUCUGUUGGGCUAUGGAAUUGGCCAGAUUAAGGGUGCCCUCCCAUCUUGGAGAUACGAGUUUAUUGUGAUUGGUGCUUUGUGUGCAGCUUGGGGUAUUGUGAUGUUCAUCUUCCUCCCUGAUUCACCUGUCACAGCAAAGGGUCUUAGCAAGAGAGAGCGCCGAAUGGCUGUCGAGCGUCUACGUGAAAACCAGACCGGUGUGGAGAACAAGAACCUCAAGCCCUACCAGAUUCUAGAGGCUUUUAUGGACUACAAGCUCUACAUGUUCUUUAUCCUGGGUCUUGUUUGUAAUAUCCCCAACGGUGGCAUUUCAAAUUUUGGAACUAUCAUCAUUAAAGGCUUUGGGUACUCAACCUUGGUGACCACUCUCAUGCAGAUCCCCUAUGGGUUUAUCAUUGCCAUUUCAAUUCUGGCCUGUGUCUUCUUGAAUGACCGCUUUGAGAACCGACGUUGUGUCUUCAUCUUGAUAUUCUUGCUGCCCAACCUUGCUGGUGCCUUUGGCCUCCGCUUCGUUCCAGUCCAGCAUAGCGUAGGCCGGUUGAUCUGCUACUAUCUCACAGGACCGUACAACGCUGCAUUUGUGCUUGUGUUGAGUAUGCAGAUCGCAAACACAGCUGGGCAUACCAAAAAGGUAGUCACCAAUGCCGUCCUAUUCUUAGGCUACUGCACUGGAAACAUCGCCGGACCUUUCUUCUAUAAAACAGAUCAAUCUCCUACAUACGAGCUAGGAAUCUGGUCGAUGAUCGUUUCUCACUUGAUCGAGGCUGUUCUGAUCAGUACUCUUGGUCUCUUGCUACGCUGGGAGAACAAGAAGCGUGAUCGUAUCCAGUCUCAGAUGGAAGGUGGUCUCGAGGGAAGAGAUCUGGAUUCCACCGCAUUCUUGGACCUGACGGACCGAGAAAAUUUGAAGUAUGUAUUCUACAUCUACAGAUGUGAUCCCCUUCUCCGUACUGUUGCUCGUAUCAAGUAUCUAACAGCACACCAGCUUUCG